AUGUCCACUCGUUUCACAUUCACCCACUUCCAUCUCCUCCUCACUCCCGACGCUCACUCAUACAUGUUCCCACCUCCCUUUUCAUUCUCCUGCAACCAUUUCCCCUCCACUCCCUCCCCUCCCUUUCCCUCCCCCCUCUCCAGCUUCUUCCACUACAAUUAUUUCAUCGGCUCCAUUCCUUCUACCAUCGCCUCUCUGCCUCAACUCACCUCGCUCGGCCUCUUCUCCAACUACCUCACGGGCACCGUGCCCGUCCCCUCCAAGUCCCUGCUCGCGCUCGACUUGGGCUUUAACUUCCUCUCGGGCACCUUCCCGAAGCUGGCGCUCAUGUUCUGUGCGGGCGACAACAACUGCUUCCUCAACUCCACUGCCUGCCGCACCUACGGCAUCGUGCAGCGCCCUGCCGGCGCCUGUGCCAUCUGCGGCACCGCGGCUGGCCAGGGCGACCUCUGCUUUGGCGGCUCCUGCGCUCCCAGCUCCGCUGCUGCUGUCAGUGCUGGCACUAUCAACUCGCCCAAUCAGCCGCUGCUGCCCAUGGCGUGCGCAGGUGGGUGUGCUGUGGAGGCGUGUGGCUGCCCUCUCUUUCCUAACUCCUCCUCCCAUGUGGCACCCUUCUCUCUUUCUGCCCGUUCCCGAUCCCCCCUUGCAGACAAUCCCGCCACGCCAAUGGACACCGGCUCUGGUGAGUCUUCUUCAACCACUUGCCCUGCCACCAUGCACUCGUGCAUUGGCGCACCCUUCUCUCAUGCUCUGCAUCUCCCCCGUUGCUUUCCUGCGCUCUCAUGCACAGUCCCUUGUGCGACUGUCACUCACUCCCUUGGACUCAUCUCCUCCUCACUCUCACUUCUCUCCCACCUUUCGUCCCCUUCCUACCCGUCUGCAGCGCUGGCGCUGUUGAAUGUGAAGGCAGCGCUGGGAGUGACGUUCACCAGCUGGAACUCUGCUUCGCCCUGUGCGGUCGUCAACGCCUCUCUCACCGUCGGAGUCACCUGGACCGGCCUUGGAUGCCAUUUACGCCUCCACUCUUCCCCUUCCUCCGCACCCCGCUCACGGGAACAUGCGCACGGCACACACAGGAACCUGUCGAUGGCAGCGCUCACGUGCACCAUGCAUGCCGACAUCUCCAAGCUCUCCGCCCUCACCUACCUGUCAGUGCCCUCACCUACCUGCACCCAUCUCACGCGCCUCCAUUCCACGCACCUCUGCAGCGAUCUGUCGAAAAACGUGCUGCGAGCCAACCUUGACAGCUUCACCUCCGCCUUCUCCGCCCUCAAGACGCUCCAACAGCUGUCAGUGCCGCCCUCACCCGCGCUGCCCUCACCCAUGCUGCUCUCACCCAUGCUGCUCUCACCCAUGCUGCUCUCAACCAUGCUGCUCUCACCCGCACUGCCCUCCGCACUGCUGUCACCCGAACUACACUCACCUGCACUGCACUGA